GCGAGGAGUGGGGAGGCGGGGUUACAAUCUAACAAUUUAGUUGUUGGUUGCUGUAUCCAAUAAAGUGUCCCAGUGUGCUGCAGAAUGAUUGACGCGCUGUAAAGCCACAUUUACCUCGGAAACAUACAGGCGUGUAUUGCGCCUGCAAACGGGGAGCAGGCGGUGUUCGCUGAACAAGUCGCGGCAAACGACGGCUUUUGGUGUCAACAUGUUCAAGUGAGGUGCGUAGCAUCAUGUGGAAUAUUAGGGAAACAAAUUCCUCCAUGCCUGAGGGUGCUUCAAAUAACACUGGAUAACUUAAGAGGUGGAGCGUUUCAUUCACGUCGUGUUUGAUCCACGGAACAAGGCAUUGUUUAUACAUUGGGGAAGUUAUCACAUUCGUUACUCGGACGGAUGUGACGGCCUGUUGCUAGGAGACCUUUUGACAGGUUGAAGAUAAAAAAAAAAGUGACGAUGAAUGGAUGGACACAGAUCGCCGCGAGCUGUCCAGGCGAGCCGGAGCGUUUUGUCUGUACGCCUACCAUCACCGGGUGCGCGCUGCUUGCUCCUUGUUGCUCAUGAUAUGAAGAACUAUCAUGAAAGCUAAGACCUUGACUCGAUUAUCAAGGCUGAUGUGUGAGAAGACUGCGUUUCCCAGAAUCCACCUAUUGCAGCUCCCAAAGCCUCAUCUGAUCCCCUGACCGCAGGGGCAUGCCUUCUGAACACAGACUCAGAUCUUGUGUAUCUUGUGGUGGUAACAUGCUAACAGGACAGAGGCUCUGCCACUCCAAGGCCCACCAGGACUCUGUCCUCUCUGCCCUUAACCAGCAGAGGAAGGACGGCCUACUUUGUGAUGUCACGCUGGUGGCCGGGGAGCAGAAGUUCCACGCCCACAAGGCAGUGCUGGCCGCGUGCAGCGAUUACUUCCGGGCCAUGUUCAGCCUCUGUAUGCUGGAGAGCGAGGCGGAUGAGGUCACCCUGCAGGGCGUCACUGGCGUCGGACUGGAGCACGCACUGGACUUCGCCUAUACGGGACAGAUCAUGCUGGACCCAGUGGUGAUUCAGGACGUUCUGUCCGCAGGGAGCCAUCUCCAGCUUCUGGAGCUCCUGAGCCUCUGCUCUCACUACCUCAUACAGGAGCUCAGCAAGGUGAACUACCUGGAGCUGUACCGCGUGGCCGACCUGUUCCACCUGCCCGCCCUGGAGGAGGCGGUGGUGGGCUUCCUGGUGGACCACCUGUCAGAGCUGAGCCGCACACGGCCCGACGAGGCGCUGCAGCUGCCCUACCGCCUCCUCAGGGAGGUGCUGCGGAGCGACCGCCUCACCUCGCUCAGCGAAGAGGAGAUCUGGAAGCUGGUGGUGCGGUGGCUGGAGCACGACUGUCGCUACGGCUACGCGGAGGAGCUGCUGCAGCAGGUGCGCUACGGCCUGAUGGAGGUGGGCACCCUGCAGCAGCUGUCCCGGAGCCACCCGCUGGUGCAGUCCAGCGCCGGCGCCGGCGCCCUGCUGGAGGAGGCCCUGGACUACCACGCCGCCGUGUUCGCCCAGCCGCUGCGCCAGUCGCCGCGCACCCGCCCGCGCUUCCAGUCGCUCACGCUCUACAUCAUCGGCGGGCGCAAGCGCGAGACCAGCCGCGUGCGGGAGCUGCGCUACUUCAACCCGGCGGCGCGGCCGGAGCAGGGCCGCGGCAUCGUGGUGGCGGCCGGCGGUGGCGGCGGCGGCGUGGGCUCCAACUGGAGCGAGCUGGGGGCCAUGCCGGCCGGCCGCAGCCACCACUGCGUGGCGGUGAUGGGCGACUUCCUGUUCGUGGCGGGCGGCGAGGUGGAGCUGGGCACGGGGCGGACGUGCGCCGUGCGCAGCGCCUGCCGCUACGACCUGCGCGGCGACCGCUGGACGGAGAUCGCGCCCAUGAAGGCCUGCCGGGAGCACUUUGUGCUGGGCGCGCUGGGCCAGUACCUGUACGCCGUGGGGGGCAGGAAUGAGCUGCGGCAGGUGCUGCCCUCGGUGGAGCGCUACUGCCCCCGGAGGAACAAGUGGAGCACGGUGCAGUCCUUCGACCGCUCGCUGUCCUGCCACGCCGGCUGCGUGGCCGACGGCCUGCUCUGGGUGUCAGGUGGUGUGACAAACACCGCGCAGUACCAGAAUCGACUGAUGGUCUAUGACCCGGAACAGAACCAGUGGCGGUCCCGCAGCCCCAUGCUCCAGCGGCGGGUGUACCACGUGAUGGCGCCCGUGCGGCGCCGCCUCUACGUGCUCGGCGGCAACGACCUGGACUACAACAACGACCGCGUGCUGGUGCGCCACAUCGACUCGUACAGCGUGGACGCCGACCAGUGGACGCGCUGCUCCUUCAGCCUCCUCACAGGCCAAAACGAGUCGGGCGUGGCCGUGCACGACGACCGCAUCUACGUGGUCGGCGGGUACUCCAUUUGGACCAACGAGCCUCUGGCGUGCAUUCAGGUGCUUAACGUGAGCACGGAGGGGAAGGAGGAGGUGUUCUACGGACCCACGCUGCCUUUCGCCUCCAACGGCAUCGCCACCUGCUUCCUGCCGGCUCCUUACUCCACCUGCCCCAACCUGCAGAUGCUGCAGGUGCCCCACCACAGGAUCGGGACGCUGUAGCCAGAGACAACACAUCCGUAGCGUCACCCUCCAGAGAGAGGGCUGGUUUAAGUGGGCCCCACGCAGCCCACACAUACCAUUUCUGUAUAAUCAAGGGCUAUGGUUUGGGAAGCUGCCAUCGGGACCUCUUCCUGUGCUGGGAGUACUGGUUCGGGCUGCCUGGACGGGUUCAACACUUGAGUUGCCCCGACAGGAGACACCGCCGGAACCGACUUUGUUUGAUGUCCGCUGUCAAGGUGACACGCCAGAGAUUUUGUUAAGGUGCUAACCAAGAUACAAGAACAACUUGGCUCUUGUUAGGAGCCAUGCUGGUUUUCUGGGACCUUGGCUCCUGGCUGGCCAUGAACAACAGGACUGUUAUGUCUUCCGAGGAACUAACGGAAACAUCCCUGCGUGAGGUGAUUUAGGAAUUCAACUUUUUUUAUGAGAUAAACACUGGAUUUGAGCUUUUUUUUGCCACACUUGCAGUUAAACAGAGGCAAGUUCUACAUGUGAUUGCAAUGUUUUAGUUUUUUUUUAUAUUUCAUAGGGCUAAGGGAUGUUUCUGAAAUGAAAUGCUCCGCAUUGAUUCCGCCAUGCAUUGUACACAAGAUAUGCCCUCUCCAUCACUGACUUGGUUAUACACCUUGAAAAGGAUUAAGACAUCUUUAGGUCCUUGGAAUAAGGGGAGGUUGGACAAAAUAACACAUUAUCAAUAAGUCAUUCAUCUAGUUAAUGAUCAACAAAGGCACUUAAAAGGUGGAUUUUUAUGUUUUGUGAUUGACUUUAAAGUAUGAUUAAUUAAAUUGAAAGUCAUGGUUCUGACGGGACAUGCACAUGUAGAUCUGGUUAAGGACAGGAUAAGAAGGAUUUGAUUGAAUGGCACUGUAGUAAAACUGCUAAACUUUUAAGUUUUCCUUUUUUUGCUAUGAAACUUGCCAUGCUGUCUUUGUUGACAAUCAACUGAUACAUCGCUUGCCAAGUUGUUGACUCCUUGUAACACUAUGUGUUAAUGAGCUCAGGACCUAGAACUUGCUAUGUUCAAAUGAGUUUGUACAUCAUCGAACAUACCAUAUAACCUCUUCAUUAUGUAGGUUCAUAUUAUUAUACUCUAUACAUGUGCUUAUCAUCUUUAUGUCAUUGUGUUCAUCAGGCCCAAUUUAAAUCAAGGGUCCCUCUACAGCCCAACAAAAAAGACAUAAUAUAAAUAUACAUCUAUAUAUAUAUAUAUAUUAUAAAUAUAUAACCAGCAAGUCGAUGUUUGCAAAUGAAAAGAUAUACCAGUCCGGGCAACAACAAAACACAACACACAAUGUUGUUCCUUUUAAAUGCAUACCGUUGAAUACGGACGGCUGUGGCUUUUGUGAGUCGUCAGCAUAAAAUGCAGAUGGAGAAGUAAAAAAAAAAGGGCAUUAGCACCUCUUGUCAGUUGGAAAACGCCACGUCGUCCACCACUCUCGGACAAAAGUAAUGCAGCGUGUUGGAGAGAGAGCGUUCACAAUGUGCAGAGGUUUGAUAAGGUUGCAAAAUGACUAGCAAUGACAGAAAAUGGCUGUGUGUGAUUGUAUGCGGCGAGUGAGACUGGCGGUGAUUAGGUGCCAACUCGCCGCCCGAUUGCGAGAGACGCCGUGACUUGGAGAGUCAAAAGGAGAAAUGAAAAAAAAAAAAAAGAAAGGAAAUAAAUAAAUAAAAUGCUGCUCUUCUGGAA